CCCUUCGUCCAUUGAUAAAACAAAGAUUCAAAGAUGAAUACCUCAGCCACCACAAUGGAUGGUCUUGAUCUUCAACGGCCACUGAAACUUCACUUCAUUCCAUACCUUGCAGCUGGCCAUAUGAUCCCUCUAUGUGACAUAGCCACACUCUUCGCCUCACGUGGCCAACACGUCACAAUCAUCACCACUCCACAAAACGCCCAAAUCCUUCUUCACAAAUCCGGCGAUCCCUUCCUCCACUUUCACACCGUCGACUUCCCCUCCCAAGAAGUUGGCCUCCCAGACGGCGUCGAAAGCAUGUCCUCCGUCAACGACCUCACCAACUCCGCCAAGGUGUACAAAGCCGCCAGGCUGCUCCGGGGACCCAUCGAGCAUUUCGUGGAGAACAACCCACCCGAUUGCAUCGUCGCUGACUUCAUGAUUCCCUGGGUUGCUGACCUGGCCAACAGGCUUCGGAUCCCUAGGCUCGCCUUCAACCCUUUUACCCUCUUUGGCCUCUGCGCCUUUGAGUCCGUUAAAGCACACCCAAUACUUCAUUCUGGAGGUUCAUUCGUGAUUCCUGAUUUUCCUCACCAUAUCACCAUGUGCGCGACGCCACCAAAGGCCAUGACUGGAUUCAUGGAACCAUUGCUGGGGAUAGAGGUGAAAAGCAAUGGUCUCAUCGUGAAUAAUUUCGCUGAGCUUGACGGAGAAGAGUACAUUCAGCACUACGAGAGAAUAACGGGGCACAAGGCUUGGCAUAUUGGCCCAGCCUCUCUAAUGCGAAGAAGCAAUCAAGAGAGUGAGCAUGAGUGCCUGAGUUGGCUCAACUCGAAGCCGCCCAACUCGGUGGUCUACAUAUGCUUUGGGAGUAUGUGUCGUUUACCGGAUAACCAACUGUACGAGAUGGCAUGCGGAAUCGAACAAGCUGGGCAUCGAUUCAUAUGGGUGGUUCCUGAGAAGAAAGGGAAAGAGGAAGACGAAGAUCAGAGCGAUGAAGAGAAGGACAAGUGGCUGCCAAAGGGGUUUGAAGAGAGGAAUAGGAACAAGGGGAUGAUCAUUAGAGGGUGGGCCCCGCAGGUGCUGAUACUGGGCCAACCCGCCGUGGGUGCGUUCCUGACGCAUUGUGGGUCGAACUCCGUCGUGGAGGCUGUGAGCUCGGGGGUUCCGAUGAUCACGUGGCCGGUGAUGGGCGAACAGUUUUACAACGAGAAGCUGAUAACUCAGGUGCGGGGUAUUGGGGUGGAGGUGGGUGUAGAGGAGUGGGGCGUUGCCGGUUUUGGGGAUAGAGAAAAGGUUGUGGAGAAAGAUCGCAUAGAGAAGGCUGUGAGGAGGUUGAUGGACGGUGGCGAUGAAGCUCGGGAAAUCAGACGGCGUGCUCAGGAGUUUGGGAAGAAGGCCAGACAAGCUGUUAAGGAAGGUGGGUCAUCCCAUCACAAUUUGACGGCUCUUAUCGAUGAGCUUAAACGAUUGCGAGACUGUGCAUCUCUUAAUUAUUAAUUAUGUCCCACAAGUAAAAAUAAAUUUGCCAGUAAAAUUUGGAUUUUUGCUGGUCAAAUCUUCGGUUUCUUUUCCUAUCUUUACCGUAAGCUGAGUGCUCCGUGCACUUCCUUUUCUCUUGUGUUAACUUCCUUGUAUGAUUAUCAUGUGAAAAAGAAUUCUCAUGUAGGAGAGCUGUUUCUCACGCUAGUGCGUAAAGUUAGUCUUAUGUGUAAUAAUUUUUGGGAAA